GGAGUGUACACGUGCUGGCAAAAUAUGUCAGGAGUGACUUUGUAAGACGUAAAGACUCCACCUCGUGUCUCCGUUGUCUGUACCUGUGUAGAAAUGAUCAUUUGCACUAUAAAGUAAAUCUGCUUAUUUUCUAGUUUGACGUUUCGGGCUGAGUUGAAACGAGUUGACUUGCAUGGUUUGUUGUGCCGAAUGCGUGUCAUGGUGACAUAGGGGCGGGUCUUUGCUUUCAGUUUAGUGGUGUUCAUGGCAACGGACCCUGUUGAAUUCUUGGCCAUCCUGCCCGCGAACGUUUUUAUAUUCAGGUACGAUGUUAAGUCCGUGCUCGGUUGGUCUCUCAGAUCAGCAGCAGCCAGGCGGGUCGGUAUUUCUCGACAAUUGUUGUUGAGCAAGUCUUUCUGGACUCAACCGACUCGGAUUGGUAAAGCGCUAAAUUGAGCUGCAUUCAAAGACUUCCCCGGGACAACUUGACUUCAAGCAGCUCACGGAUGGGACCGCGAGAGCAAGCCUGCAACAUUUCCUCACCUCAGAGUUGAGUCACCAAAAACCGGCAAGUGAAUGGAGACAGUCAAGAACACCAAAACGGGCGUCCUCUCUUGGACUCCUGCUCCGACGUGCGUCUCACCCGCCACCUCUGAAACGUCGGAAGAUGCGUGGGAUGAGGAGGAAGAACAAGAUGACGACUUUUACGGUCAGAUGGAUGAGAAUGGCAUCAUUGGAUUGACGCUCGUGGAUGACCCGCGGGAACAUGAUGACAAUGCAGAAUGUAACGGAACCUCAUCUCCUGGACACGCCAUCCCAGAAGGUCUUGCUGUCUGUGUGGUACCAGAUAUGCCACCUGAUGAACUCUGCUCCACCCUCGAUGAACGUCUUGAAGAUGAGGAUGUACUGUCACCCUUCUGUGAUGACGUUUGCGUCUUAAAAGAACGAGGACAUAAUCAGGCCAAGGCAAACGAGAGGGAGACACCAAAAGGACAGAAGACAGAGUAUUUCUCCCAGCGGGACUCACACUCGGACACGGCUCAGGGGGAGAGAGAUGGAACAGAAGACACUCACAGCCUCAUGAGCUGCGUGUCCAGCCUUCACCACCAAGAAAGCUCUGAAGAAGAAGAAGACCAAGAAGAUGUUCUCUCUCCUCAACCACAGAGCAGUGAGAAUUCACAGACUGGUCUUAAAAAACCCUCUCCCUCACCGGGGCCAAGGUCACAGCCCUGUCAUGAGGCUGCACUUCCACGGACCAGUUCUCACAACAAACCAAAGGAAGAUUGCCGUCACACUCCCAGGAGAGCGGACGAAUCCAGAAAAGGCUACCCAAGUCACUGGGUUCCAGAUUUGUCCAAAGUCAAGCCGAGGGUGUCUUUCCCGAAAGGGGAUUACAAGCCUCCCAAGAGCAGAUGGUCUUCCAAGAAUCCUCCCAAGUCCCUGACGCCAGAGGCCCCCGUUGUCUUUAAAUCUCCUGCUGACAUUGUCAAAGAAGUUCUGCUGAACACGACGGACGGACCUCAGCCACCAUUAGACUUGAACAAAAGAACAUCCGCCGGCACCGUGCCUCAGGAGUUCCGGUCCCACCAGAAGGCCGAUAUCCUGCUCGAUCAGCUCCAGGAGGACCAUGGCAGACUGCUGACGAAGUACGCCGAAGCGGCGAACACAAUUGAUCGGCUGCGGCUGGAAGCCAAGGUGAACCUAUACUCUGAGCAGCAAAUGCCCGCUCACGUCGUGCCACUGGGACAACACGCGGAGCCUUCAAAGUUCAUGCGGCUGGACUUUCCUCAAGCUCAGAAAGCGCAGCCCAGCGCCGUUUCUCCUCAGCCGAGUGGACCCAGCACACACAUCAGAGCUUCCUCCACCCUAUGUUUAUCUUCCUCCAUUUCAAAGAGUUUGGAGUCCCAAGGCAAUCGCAAGGUGGCAAAUGCGCUCUUCGCACAAGCCGACAAGUUCCUCCAGCAGCUCCAACAUUUUGAGGAAUUUCUGAAGAGCAAAAUGCCUUUCCAACAGGUGAAGGGACUUACACAACUUUAUCAAGGACUGGACUCUUUGGAAAAGGGCUACCUGGCAGCCAGGAAAGAACACAAAGUCCAACAGCAGCAAGGGGCAGAGCACAGCCACUUUGACCCCGAUCGGGAGCUGGAGGAGUUCAUUUACCAAUGUGGGCAGCAUAUGGAUGAGCUGAAAGAGAGGGUGGAUCGGAAUUCCCGCGCUGCUGAUUCUGCUCGCUCUCUUUCACCUGAAGCCCAAAAAUCCCCUGCAUGUGACGAUUCUCGCGCUGAGAGUCAACAUACACCUUUGUCACUUGAUUCAGUCAAGCUGACCAACAAGGAAGUUGGGCCGGGCAACCUGAAUUCUUCCCACAAGAAAAAAUGUGAUGAACAGGCCACAGACGUUGAUCAGAGUCCAACCGUGCAUCUCACACCAACUCCUGCGAGCAGGAGGAGGAAGGAGGUUCGGAAGUCCUGCAGCAGCAGUCAGUGCAGUCUGGCAGAAAUCAGCGCAUUAGAGAAGAGAAGCGCCGAUCUUCAAACGAGUCCAACCGUGCAUCUCACACCAACUCCUGCGAGCAGGAGGAGGAAGGAGGUUCGGAAGUCCUGCAGCAGCAGUCAGUGCAGUCUGGCAGAAAUCAGCGCAUUAGAGAAGAGAAGCGCCGAUCUUCAAACCGGGAUGAGGAGAGUGCUUUCUCAGCCCAUCCUGUGUCUGAAGACAUACAAAGUGAUCAGUAUGAAGAAACCCUCCCCUGUUCCUCCCCAAGCUCCUCCUGCUCCACUGUCCGUCGUCACCAUGGCGACUCUUUUAAAACGCAGAGGUCCAGUCAGUGAUUCUAGCCAGGCUUCGCAGUCCAUCAAGUCCACCACGCCAGCACACAUAGGGGAGAGUCGCAUGGCGAAGCCCCUUUCUGGAACUAAUUCCACUCAAGGCAACUGUACGCAACACAGAACCUCACAUGCCCUCAGGUGUCGAGACCACUCAAGCGACGUCGGUGGAAGCAGCAGGAAGAAAUGGUCCAUCGAUGACAAUGAGGUGGAGAAGAGACUCAAACGCCUCCAAGAUCUCCAGCUGCACACCAUUGGAGUCUCCCAACAAAGCGGCACCACCUGCUGUCUGCCCGUCAUUGUGUCCUACACCGUUGCUGUGGACAGUAGCAAAGAAGAGGAGAGGUCGCGCCCCUCGCCGUGCGUUGUUCCGGAAUGCUCUGUGGAUGAAGCCCUCCUAGCUGCGCAGAAGAUAAAAGACGUGUCAAAAAACAUGGUGCGUUCACUGACAGCAGGCAUGCGCUCUCUGGAGCGACUCUCCAAGUCCCGCUCCAAUUCCAACUCUGACUGA